CCACUAACACUUCCCUAUAAAGGACCGUAUAAAACUCCGGAGCAAUCACAAGAUGCGAUCAGCCAGGAAAUUCUGAAACAGGUACAGACAUAAAGAAAGAAGAACGAAUUUACAAUUACAAUGUAUUGGAUUUACCUACUUAGUAUUGCACUUCCAUUGGUGAGGGGCACCUUGUACUGGGGUGACGUACUAAACUCUGAAUGGGAAUUGUGGAAGAAGACCCAUGACAAACAGUAUAACGGCCAACUGGAUGAGACGAAGAGAAGGCAAAUCUGGGAGAAGAAUCUGAAGCUGAUCACCACCCAUAACAUAGAAUACUCCCAGGGGAAGCACACUUACGAUCUGGCUAUGAACCACCUGGGAGAUAUGACCAGUGAGGAAGUAGUUCAGACUAUGACUGGACUAAGAGUUCCAUCCAAUCGGCAGUCCAACAAUACCUACGAGCCUGACUGGACAACCCGAAUCCCAAAAUACAUUGACUACAGAAAGAAGGGAUACGUGACUCCAGUACAAAAUCAGGGGGCCUGUGGUUCAUGUUGGGCAUUUAGUUCCGUAGGAGCUUUGGAGGGCCAGCUUAUGAAGAAGACCGGAGAUCUGGUCUCCCUCAGUCCUCAGAACCUUGUGGACUGUGAUGCAGAUAACUAUGGCUGUCAGGGUGGAUACAUGACCAAUGCUUUUGGCUAUGUAAGGGAUAAUAAUGGCAUAGACUCGGAUGCGAUUUAUCCCUAUAUCGGACAGGAUGAAGGCUGUCUCUACAAACCAUCUGGAAAAGCUGCGGGCUGCAAGGGUUUUAAAGAAAUCCCUAUAGGUGAUGAGAAGGCCCUGAAAAGAGCGGUUGCACAGGUUGGCCCCGUGUCGGUCAGUAUUGAUGCUAGUCAACCCUCCUUUCAGUUCUACAAUAAAGGAGUUUAUUAUGACAAAAACUGUGACCCUGAAGGGAUCAAUCAUGCUAUCCUGGCUGUUGGCUAUGGAAAUCUGAAGGGGACAAAGCACUGGAUCGUAAAGAAUAGCUGGGGAACACAAUGGGGAAGAAAAGGAUUUGCACUGCUAGCAAGAGACAAGAAAAAUGCCUGCGGUAUCGCCAACCUUGCCAGCUUCCCACUGAUGUGAUGAGAAGAACCCUUUCUGCAGGCAGAGGAUAAAAUGAUACUUAAAGUUUCAGUCUACCAAGAAAAUUAUAUUUCAAUUAUAUUCAGCCACUGAUGUGUUGAAUCGCCCAUUGGUUUCUUACAUGUUUUUGGAAUUCCACCAGUGAGAUCUCUUUCCCGAAAAUCCUGGCUCUGCCACCUGCUAUUCUUAAGUCUCACUUGUCCCAAUGCAGUUUAUGUCAACUAGAAUUAAUAAACUAUACUAUUAUCAGAUAUCAGUAAUGAGA